UAAAUACUCGCCUCUUUCAAUUUCUUCCCCAAUCAGAAACUCCAAACCAACAAUUUCGCGUGAAAUUCAUUCGAACCGCUUCCAAUUUUCGAUUUCAAAUUUCUCAUCAUUUCAAUUUCUUCAACUAAACCUCAGAAGAUGUCGAUGAUUCCAAGCUUUUUCGGUGGCCGACGGAGCAGCAUCUUCGAUCCAUUUGCCACUUUCGAUCUCUCAGAUCCGUUCGAUUUUCACUUUCCCUCUUCUAUUUCAUCGUACUUACCUGAAAUCGCUCGAGAUACUUCUGAUCUGAUGAACGCUCGUGUUGACUGGAAGGAGACGCCGGAGGCUCAUGUAAUGAAAGCCGAUCUGCCUGGACUGAAGAAAGAGGAAGUGAAAGUGGAGAUAGAAGAUGGAAAAGUGCUUCAGAUCAGCGGCCGAAGGAGCGUAGAGAAAGAGGACAUAAACGAGAAAUGGCAUCGGAUCGAGCGAAGCAGUGGAAAGUUCCAGAGGAAAUUCCGGCUACCAGAGGAUGCGAAAAUGGAGGAAAUUAGGGCAUCAAGGGAGGACGGUGUUCUCACGGUGACGGUGCCCAAGGCCAAGGCGGAAGAAAAGAACGCGGAUGUGAAGUCCGUUGAGAUUUCCGGCUAAACAACAGAAUAUUUGGCACGGAUUUUGUGUACGCGUUAAAAUAUUUUUCAUUCUUUGUAAUUAUAUUGAUAAAUUGUGUGUUGCUGAUUUUGAGCCUAUAAAUGUAAGCAAUGGAUCGAUAUCUGUA